AUGUAUCGCUCUAGCAGUGGUAUUCACGUUUCUGAUCAGAGUAUAAGUAUUUCUCGAGCUGAAAUUCUGAUGACAUUUUUUCUUAUGAAUCCAAUGCCUCCAGAUUUUGGCUGCCGAAGUCUUAGGUUUAAGAGAUCAGAAGGAGAACGUGCUCCUCAACGAUACGUAUUUAAAGAAAUUUACUUGCCAAUGGGGAAGGAGCUCAUGACUCAUGACUGUAGAUAUGAGUGCCUCAUAGAGAGCAAUUGUUUGUCUGUGAACAUCGGCCCACCAAACGAGACAGACUUCAGGCUCUGCCAACUGAGUAAUUUUGACCACGCCCAACAUCGUGAAGAUAAAGAAAUAGAAAAAGGUUUUAUUCUCUGGGCCUCUGAGAAUUCGUGCACCAGUAAUCCCUGCCUCCAUAAUUCCACCUGUCUCAAUGGAUAUACCGACAAGAGAUACAUUUGUCUGUGUCCAGAUGGUUACACGGGAGAAAACUGUGAAAAAGAUAGAAACGAGUGUAUUGACAACUCUCAUGACUGUCAUGCCAAAGCUGUUUGUAAUAAUACCGAGGGAUCAUUUACGUGUAACUGUACAGAAGGUUAUCAGGGGAACGGUCGGAAUUGCACAGCUUUCAAAGCUCUUUUUACCAACCUUGGUGCAACUGGAACACAUGGUCCAACAAGUCUGGGUAUUAGCUACUCGGGUCACGAUCAUGACGGACAAGUUACACUGUCCAGCGGUAUUCAACAAUGGACUGUGCCGUAUACUGGUGAAUACAGAAUAGAAGCAAUAGGAGGAGCAGGAGGAUACGAUUCCCACCCCAACAGCGCUAAGUAUCGAGGAAGAGGAGCAAGAAUGAUUGGAACAUUCAGCUUAAGCAAGGGAGAAGUCAUUCAGAUACUUGUUGGUCAAGAAGGAGGGAUUAACAAGCACUACCCUUCUUCUGGCGGUGCUGGAGGUACAUUUGUGGUGAGGGGAGGCAACACACCUUUGAUUAUAGCCGGAGGUGGAGGAGGAAUACAGAAUCCAAGUUCAAGACAUCCAGGAUGUGAUGCUAAUGCUGGUUCUUCGGGAAAUCCUGGGUACAAGUCAUGGUCAGGAGGGAACCAUGGAAAUGGUUCACAGAUUGCUGAUGGUGGUUAUUCCGGUGGCGGCGGCGGAGGUUUCUACUCCAGCGGCAGAAGUUCAAAGCAGUUUGGUGGUACCAUGGGAACUGGUGGAGAGGGUGGUAAGGGAUUCUUACAGGGAGGGGUGGGAGGUAAAGCCAAGAUGAAGAGUGCUGAUGGUGGAUUUGGUGGAGGGGCAGGUGGUUAUGGAUGGUCAGGGGGUGCGGGAGGAGGAGGAGGGUACUCUGGAGGAAGCAGUGGCAAUCAUAGCUGGAAUUCUUGUGGAGGCGGUGGAGGAUCUUAUAAUGUUGGUAAAUAUCAACAAAAUGACUGUUGCUAUCGAUCAAAUGGUCAUGGUCAGGUGAUCAUAACUUUAUUGUAA